AGGCUGUAGGAGUGUCAAAGUAGUAGUGUUGAUUUUCUACUUCUUUUGUGAACAAGCAGUAAGCUAAGCGCUUGUUUACGGCUUCACAGGUGAAUCUAGUCAUAUCUUUUCAGUUUCAGUGAGAAAUACGUUGCUGCUAUGCUUUGCAGGCUUUGUGUAUGUUUGUAGCUGAUGACUCGCUGGUUUAUACACACUUUUUUCUUUUGGACGACAUAAGUAGCGAUUUGUUUGGUUGCAGCAAAAUGCAACGUGGAAUAUUGUCGUACUCGGCAUAGAACACUGACUUCUGUGGCUAAUUUUCUGCACAUUGCAACCGGAAUCGCCAAGAAUGAACCCUGCGACGUUUUUCACGGCACCCCUGAAGACUUCUCGAUGGAGCAGUUAUACCACCAGAUCGAAGCAGCUGAGCUGCAGAACACGAGCAAGAGAUCCUGGGGCCGGGUGAACGCUAUCUUGGUGAAAACCGCACUUUUGUGCUUCGAGAAGCAGCAGCUGCGGUUGAAGAGCAAAAAUCCUGCGGUUUUCUGUUAUUUGCCCCAAGAAGUCGGGCGCAAGAUAUGGACCUUUCUGCAGUGCGAGCCGGCUAGGUCCUCUACCUCUGCGGAAGAGAUUUCAUCGCCGCUGACCCGAAUUUUGCAGCAGCUUGAGCUCGCGCGUGUCGGAGUGAGCGGAGAGCAAUUUGUUUUGGAAGAUUUCAGAAUCACGACUUCGGCCCGGUUUCCGCCGCCAAAAUUGGUGAAGGUAGCACUCUCCGACGAACGGAGGUGCAAAAUGGCGAUCGGAUAUGCCAGCCUCGAGAACGUGUUUGACAAUUAUUCUCCGUUCGGAGUACAUGUGAGCUCGCUGGCUUUCUCUGUUGCCCUGAUCGAUGCGCCUGGUCGUCGUUGCGAGCUUUCCGUGCUGACAAAUUUGACCGAUACCGUGCGCUUGUUGCCCUCUACCGACCCGGCGGACCCCCGGCCCAAGUUCAAGCUGACUCUCUCCGAGCCACGCGACCCGGAGCCGGGUUCCGCUUGUUCGCAACUCCAUCUUUUCGGCCGGAUUGGGGGCACGUUCUUGAAUCUCGAUCUGGAGCAGCAAGAGGUGCGGGAAAGGAUGAGGAAUGCGCGCGAAUUUAGGAUGGAAUGCCGCAACAAUGAGGUCUAUCGUCCAAGGACAACUCAUCCGAGAACAAAACACAAUUACGUCUCCAUUGAGUACGGGGCUACGCUGUUUUGGGACAGUGGCGCCGCCGCCAAGCAACACAUGAGCCACUAUCAAAUGUAAAAAUGUCUGGGUCUGGAAACUUGUGAUGCUGUGUGGCGUAUCAUGAGGAGGCGACAAUUGCUGGCUCAGCAUGACAAGUUUCUGAGCUUCUAGGUGUUGCCUAUUCUGCAUGACAAACUACGUUUCUGCAUGACAGAAAAGUGGGGCUCUUUGGUAAUGUGCAUGACAGAUUUAAGAGUCAUGCCAGACAAGCAUGACAAACUUGCAUUCUUCCAGACCCAGACAUUUUUACAUUUGAUAGCCACCAAGUGGACAUCAUGGCAGUCUGCGGUGUGCCGGUGAAGCCGGUCGGCCCGGGGAAGCGGCUCGCUACGGGUCUGCCUGCGUUUAUGGAACUGUCAGGAUCGAAAUCGACAAAGUUGAAAUAAUUUGCCUAGAAACCCAGUUUCCAAGUGGAGCAUGACAAAUUUGGUUGGAAUCUAAAUCCAGUUUGUCAUGCAGCUGCUUGGGUAAGGACGACGCCUUUUGUCAUGCUACUUGAGCAGCCUUAUUUUUACCCCUCAACAGGCUUACAGUCUGCCUCUCUUGCGUCCUCUGAAAUAGAGACAAUUUCUGCGUCGCAUUUGAUGCAUGACAAACUAUUUCAACUUUGACGAUUUCGAUCCUGGCACUUCCACUGCAUUUUUCGCCGAAGUGAUGGGAUUGGAAACGUCGUAGAAGAAGGAGAAGCAUAAAUGUACGAGGAAAAUAACAUCACUAGCAAGAAGCGUUCUUGGCUACACGGCGGGACAAAAUAAAUGCGCUUUACCGACCGUCUGCUUGAGUUUGAUCCUCGCAUUGUCCUCUCCCAUCGUAACAAGUAGCAGUGCAACUAGCCGGUAGUUGUACAGAUGGUGACAUUUUGGCUAUGCUGAGGCAGCUGUUGACUCUUGACUGUUACCGUCUCGAUUCGACGAGGAUUGGGCACUUUGAAGGAAAGAUCAAGAAUGGGUUUUACACAUCAGCUCUAAGAAACUGAAGAACGAACGCACGUAGGGAAGAUGGCCUUGAUCCUGCUUCGCACUGGUGAAGAUGGAUGACAAUAAAACCACGUUGACAUACUUCAAUGUGCUGAGUGGACGUUUUUAGUCUGGUCGUGAACGAAUGAUUGUAGAACACCGCGGAAAACAGUUGAGCGGCAAACGUCCUGUGCGGCCGCAAGCAGAAG